UUCCUUUCAAGGUUUCUUCCUCAUAUUAUCUAAGGGAGUUUGUUCUUGCCACCAUCAGGAAUAAACACAUACAUUUAAACACAGAUGCUGCUGCUGCUGCUGUCCUGCUGGUCUGGAUCCCUCAGCGUGUCGGGUCAGAGGCCAGCCAGCCCCAUCGAUCUCCCCCUGAAGCCACAUUUUAGCCCCUCGCUCCACUCCAGAAGCGUCAGAGCUCCUCAAUUGUGCAGCUCUCCGAUCGAUGGUGUGCGUGUGCGAGGGCCUCACAGUUAAGCAGCUCUUCCUCGGAUAACUGACAGCUCCAAAGCUCAGCCCUCGACAGCCACUUGUCAAUACAAAUUUCACCUAUUGAUGAGUAAUUAAGGGGAUAAAAAGAGCGCUCGAUCUGCCACGGACUCAAACAUCUGUUAAACAGGCGAGUCAGGAGGUGAUGAAUUCUCCGUAUUUUUGCGCUCUUCACCCCUCGUUGUGUUCGGACCUCCACCAGCAAAUGGCUCAGAGAUACCAGCUUCACACUCACACCAUCAGCGUGGCUGAGAGACUCGCAGAGCUGAUUCUGGAGGUGCGUGACGGGGGUCAGCUGAAGCAGCGGAGGAGCAGGACGGCUUUCACUGUGUCACAGCUGCAGGCACUGGAGAAAGCUUUCCAACAAACCCAGUAUCCUGAUGUGGCCAUGAGGGAAAGGCUGGCCGUCUGCAUCAACCUCCCCGAAGCCCGCAUUCAGGUGUGGUUCAAAAACAGACGUGCAAAGUUCCGCAAAGGACAGCGAUUCCCUCCUCUGCUGAAAAAACGAACCGAACAAGCGAAAGCUGAGCUCGGCGAAGACGAGAAAAACACCACGCAACCAGAAACUCCACUUUCAGAUUUCUGUGCUGGUCGGCCCAGCACUUCGACAGACAGCACAGCUCGUCUCCAGACUCCCUGCCGGCUGGGUUCUCCGUCUCCUCUCCAACCGUUUGUGUUCAGAGAACCGAACACGCAUCCGAUCCUUGUCUCGUCAUCUGCUUUGCCUUUCUCAGCUUCCUUCUUACCCUUCACUCGGCCUUGUAGCGGUACGGCAGACGUCGUGCCUAUGCGGAAACGCGGCGGCUUCGGGCUGCACUUUAAACCGCGUUCGUGUCUGGACUUGUAGCUGCACCACAAAAAAAAGAAAAAAAUACCCACAAACCUUAGCCAGGUAUCAGUGUGAGAAGACGGAAAAGUUCUCCGGGGUCGAGAGAAAGUUCUCGUUAGGGCCGUAGUGUUUAUCUGCUUUAGAACGACCGGCCCCUUGACUGGAGUCUUUCCAUAUUUUUUUGAGAGCUCACGAUCCUGCAUGAUGAAUUUUUUUAUUUUUUUUAUAUAUAUUUUAAAGCACUUCUUUUUUCACAGCCCAAAAAACAUGUAGGUUGAACAUUAUAUUAUUCUUAUUGUGCUGAUAAAUAUUCCUGGGGGGGUUUGCAGAUGAUGUGAAAUGAUUGUGUCGAUGAAAUAAAGUUCACUCCAAAUCCUGGUAAAA